AUGGACGUCGCCGAGCAACUCGCGCAAGAGCGUAUGAAGAACAUGCGCCUCCAGGAAGAGGUCGACCGCCUCCGCAAGGCCGUCGUCAACGUCACACUUCUCGCUGAGAAGGAGGAGGAGUGGAUGAUCAACCAGUUCCUCCGCCGUGUCCAGCCCCAGGCGGUUCACGACACGAAGCAAGCCAAGGAACUCGAGGCCGAAAUGCAGCGACUGCGCCACGAAAAGGUCGUGCUCGGGCAGCGCUACGAGCAGGAGCAAGAGUCCAUCGUGAACCGUCUUAGCCGACAGCUCCAGGCCAAAGAAGCGACCAUCAAUGCCCUUCUCUGCGACGACUCGAACCGCUUGCAAGACCGCGCACGAGACCCGACCGGUCAACUGCAGCAGAUCCUCGUCACCGUUCUCAAGGAGAAGCGGGCGCUCGAGAAGCAACUUGCCGACGUCCUCAGUCGCCGGACGCUCGACGCCGCCCGUGCGCCGGCGCUCGACGACGCGCAAGUGAGCACGCUGCGCCAGCUUCUGUUACAGAACCAGCAAGCAUCGACGGCAAUGCUCGACCAGCUGAGUCGCAUGGACCAGUACGACGUGCCUACCUUAAAGCGGCUGCGCCAGUCGCCUCUCCACGGCCCCGUGCGCUCGUGGUCUCUGAGCUCGCCAUCCCCCACCAGUGCGUGCUAG